AUGGCCAUUGCAGAGACAGAAAGCAAGGCAAUGGAGGGCACACAAGAAAACGGGCCUUGUGUAAUAUGCUGUGCUCGCAUGGCCUACAGUGAACUCUGUCCUUGUUGGGGCUUGUCUGACAGACAUAGCAUCGCUUGUCACCAACCCCUCUCUGAGGGAUACCCUGGACGUGCGACAGAGUUGGUAGAUCUGGUCAUCUCCAAAGGUAUUGAAGGUGUAAGCGGUCGGCUCAAGAAGGAGGAGGAGGAGAAGAAGAAGAAGAAGAAGAAGAAGAAGAAGAAGAAGAAGAAGAAGAAGAAGCAAGAUGCUAUGAUUGGUCCCCUGCAACGGAAAAAGUCAGGUGACUGGAUCCCUACCAAGGCCGAGGCAUCAACUUCUCAUAAAGAGAGGGUAACACUCCAGUCAAGAUAA